AUGCUGCGGCCCACCUCGGGCAUGGUGGUCGUCCUGUCGCUCGUCCUCCUCUACGUCACGCAGCAGCACCAGCAGAUCGCCGGAGCGGCAUCGCGCGCGCAGGCACGCACGACUUCGCUCGAGCGAGAGGUCGAGCGGCUAGAGAGCGAGGCGCGGCACGCACAUAACGAGGCGCGCCGCCUGCGCCAGCGCCAUGACCUCGAGCAGCGCGCGUGCAGCGCCAGCGCAGCAGCCCUGGCUCCAGCGGCCGUGCGCGCGGCCGUUCGUGAGGCGCUGCGCGCGAUGGCGGACGCGGGUGGCGCCGACGAGGAGGCUGGCGGAGCGGCAGGCCUCCUCGCCGACCAGGCCGAGCUGGUCCGGGCAGAGCUCGCCGAAGGCCUCGCCCUCGAGGAUGCUGGCUGGCUCCGCUCCGCUGUCGUCGAGACGAAGCUCUCAGUGUCGGACUGCGAGGACAAGCUCGCGCUCGCGCUGCGGCGGCUCGAGGUUGUCUCCACGCCGCCGCCGCCGCCGCUCUCCGCGGGAGAGCUCGAGGGGCGGUGCGCGCCGCUCGUGUCCCGCGCGCAGGAGCUGCUCUCGUCGGCCAUCGUGCCGUACGCCUCGCGGGGAGUAAUGUCGGAUGAGCAGGGUGUUAUCAAGUGA